AAACAAGUAGUCAAUCACUUCCUGUUUACGUUCGACAAAGUGACGUUACGGUAAAAAUGAUAAACCGAGUGUUUCGAUAUUGAAACACCAGAUAAGUUAAGAAACAACGUUCUACUGGUUCUAUUAGAAACUGUAUGCAAACGUCCCCUAGUCCGCUGCGUCCCGUACCUGACUGAGACUGGAAGACCCCCGCUGUCGGCGCAGCUCAGUAAGCAACCAAGCUAGCCGGGUUCUUUAUUUGAGAUAGCUUUGAGAAGGGAGCGUUUGACGUAAGUUGGUGUUGGGACGAAUUGGCCACAGAAACUAUCUAACUUCCUGAUUAAGCAGAAUAAGCACCUUCUGCCAGCAUGGAAAAUAAAUAUAACCUUAAAAGUCCAGCGGUGAAGAGGCUUAUGAAAGAAGCUGCAGAACUAAGGGAUCCAACUGAGCACUACCACGCCCAGCCACUGGAGGACAACCUCUUCGAAUGGCACUUUUCUGUACGUGGGCCUCCAGAUUCUGAUUUUGAUGGUGGUGUGUACCAUGGCAGGAUUGUGCUUCCCCCAGAGUACCCCAUGAAGCCUCCCAGCAUCAUCUUGCUAACACCAAAUGGCAGAUUUGAAGUUGGGAAGAAGAUUUGUUUGAGCAUCUCAGGGCACCACCCAGAGACUUGGCAACCUUCUUGGAGCAUUCGAACUGCACUAAUAGCUAUAAUUGGAUUCAUGCCAACCAAAGGUGAAGGUGCAAUAGGAUCUCUUGAUUAUACCCCAGAAGAGAGAAGGGCCCUUGCCAAAAAGUCCCAGGACUUCUGCUGUGAAGCUUGUGGCUGUUCAAUGUGUUCUGCCCUUCUACCUCUGACCUCCAACAGCAACCCCAGUGCUGAAGAUUGCAAGGCCAAAGAACUAGCUCAGCAAAUCAAGUUUAAGGCAGAGUCCAGUAUAGUAACACAGGCUGGUACAAGCAGAGAUAAAGCUUUAACAGUCACCCAGGGCGAUGAUGCCACUUUUGCUGAGCAACAAACUGAUGAAAGGCCACAGGCUGAACAGGCAGAAGCAUCUUCAGCACCAGGUGCAGAGGACCCUCAGAGCCCCGAUGACAGCAGCCCCAUUCGUCCGCUCAGUCCUAGACAACGUCGAGCUCAGCAGCACAGCCGACAGGUCCCAAGAGCUGGCAGAGAGCCAGUAGCUAGCAGAGCUAUGUUUGCCCCAGCACCUCACCAUAAUGAGAGCCAUGCAGGCUCUGCAGUCCUCAUCGUUGUUCUCACCCUCGCUUUGGCUGCGCUCAUCUUCCGCAGAAUCUACUUGGCUAAUGAAUACAAGUUUAACUAUGAUUUGUGAUGUUUCCCUUUGCUGCUAUAGUCUCAACAGACUCUACUUUGACCAGAACUGUGUGGAAACAGAACUGAAGCAGUAGCUGACACUGAUGUUUAGGGCUUUUCCACUGAAAUGGUUCCAGGACUAAGCCAGGCUGGUGCUAGACCUGUUUCUAAACUGGUUCUAUAUCUAAAUUAAAAAUGUAGCUAAAACUACUGGUUAUUUACAGCCAGAGAGCCAACACAGAGCCUCAUCAUGACGUCACAUAGAAAGUGUCUUCCAAUACUAUCUUCCCUCUGGUAUAUUGUGUUUCAGCAGAGGAAGACAGUACCAGGAGACAGUUUUUCUUAUUGUCUCUUACAGAUGUCUUAGUUCUGUUUUAAACAGACUUGAUAUUUGGGAGAUGCUCUACAAUGCACACCCAGCUGUAAAAAUCAGCUGCAUUUAAACUGCCAGCUGGAGAUGUUAACAAAGGUGGCAGCAGAGUGGCAAAGAGUGAUUGUGAAUGAAGCUCAAAGCAGUGCACAUACAAGCAGCUCAAAUACUACAAUGAAUCCAUCAUUUGAGUUGGCUGGUGGCCUUCAUGAACCUGUCACAAACCUCUGAUGAAAAUGGUUAUUUUCCAGGGUCCAGCAUAAAGCACCAUUCUACUUGUUGGUUUUAGCCCCUUUAGAAGUAAUAACAGAAAUCUUCAGUUGUUUAGUACUGGAACCAGUUUGCUGGAAAAACCCUUUGUGGUCUCCCACCUGAGAAGCCUCCCCCUCCAAGGAGGCACUCUCAUUCCUGCAGAGGAUGUCUUUAAUUCAUUUUGCAUUUUUAAGAACAGGAAGCUUUUUUCAUGUAUACAGCUCAUGCCACACACAUGUAACCCUUACCCCAUGUAAUUGUUGAAUAUCCAAUGGCUGUACCUAUUCUAUUAAUCAAAACUGUAAUUGGUAAGUUAGCAACAUGGGCAAAUGUGAUAUGUUUCUCUUAGACUAAUUUAAUCAUAAAAUGAUCUACAUGAAGUGCAUGAACCAUAAGGAUUUACUGUGUUCUAAAUUUCUGUGAAACAGGAAUCUGAUUACAUGAUGUGGGGCCAAGAAUCAGGGGAAAGUCUUAGUUUUGAAUUUGUAAACUUUCGCACGCUUAUGUUUUUUUCUUUUUUAAAGAUGGAAGAGAGCAGAUAGCAGGAGUAUUAAGUAAUCUGUCAUCUACCGCAGACAAAAUAACCAUUUCUUUUUACCUUGAUGUAUAUGUGUGUGUGUGUGUGUGAUUGCUUUGAAAUCAAAAGCAGCAGAUUUUUAAUUUUGUGCAUUUAGACUGAAUUGAAACUCUCCAUUUACUCUAAAGAAAUUUUUUAAGUCAGUCGUGUUCAUUCAUACAUGCAAAUCGCUGCACUGUGAUCAUUGUAAUAUAUUCAGAACUUAAAGCAGGACUAUUAGUACUUGUACGUGACUGCUAGUGCUUGUAAGAACCUCAAGAUGAUAAUUUAUUUGCCAAAGAAUCACCAUCAAGAAGAUUUUCAUCUUGUAAGUGAAUGUUCACCAAUGAUUUGAUGAGUGUGUUUGCGAAAAAUGUUGUUAACCAGUGAAAUAAACCUGAUAAUAAAAA